CUGCUCUCCUUCCCUGCAGCACAACCGGUUUGUCCUGGACUGCAAGGACAAGGAGCCCGACGUGCUGUUUGUGGGGGACUCCAUGGUUCAGCUGCUGCAGCAGUACGAGAUAUGGCGAGAACUUUUUUCACCAUUACAUGCACUGAAUUUUGGGAUUGGUGGAGACACUACAGGACAUGUUCUGUGGAGACUGAAGAACGGUGAACUGGAAAAUAUUAAGCCCAAGGUAAUUGUUGUUUGGGUUGGAACAAACAACCAUGAAAACACAGCAGAGGAAGUAGCUGGUGGAAUAGAGGCCAUUGUGAGACUGAUCAAUACACGGCAGCCCCAGGCUAAGAUUAUCGUACUGGGCCUGCUCCCACGAGGUGAGAAGCCAAACCCGCUGCGGCAGAAGAACUCCAAGGUGAACCAGCUCUUGAAGGCUUCCCUGCCAAAGCUGGCCGGUGUCCAGCUGCUGGAUGUGGAUGGAGGCUUUGUGCACUCGGAUGGCACCAUUUCAUGCCACGACAUGUUCGAUUUUCUGCACCUGACAGGUGCUGGCUACACCAAGAUCUGCAAACCCCUCCAUGAACUCAUCAUGCAGCUGCUGGAGGAAACCCCAGAAGAGAAGCAGGCAACUCUGGCCUGACAGCCUCCCCACCCCACCCCGUCCCAGCUCCAUCAGCCCGGUUCUUUUUUCCAUGGCACUACUGAAUCCUCACUCGACGUGCUUUCCAUUGUUGAAUGUUACUGGGUGUUGUGUUUAGCACUGGAAAGGGAGGUGGAGGGUAGCAUGGCUAGUGUCAAGGCGUGUAGCUGGCCAAAGGAGUCCAAAGGCCACUUUGGUUACUUGGCCUGAACAGGCUUAUUCUAACGGAAGCAGUCGUUUCUCGCUCAUGGUGUGAGCAUCCUUGUCAGCAACCUGCUGGCUCAUGUUCUGCUGUCGCUACCAUUCCUCCCUCCUCAGUGUCCAGGCUGUCAACAGUGCUGAAAUGCCUGAGCUCAUUGGCUGCACUCACAUUCCACUCCCUGAACUGAAAAGUAGCUGCUUCUUUAAAAGUUGGAAUUGUUUGAGGAGUUUUUAUAUUUACUGGGUUUGGGUUUUUGUUUUAAGUGAUAUUAGCUGCUUUCUUGCUUUGGCAAACCAACCAACAAAAAAACCAGAACAGGAUACAGCUACAUGUGACAACUUGAUACAUGUGAACAAUUAUGUGUUGAGUGAGUGAACUCAUUUAACUUGGCUUGUUUUCAUAUCUCUGUUAGAAGGAUGUCGUUCUCUUGCUGGGAAGAGGGUGGGGGGUAGUCGGCUCCCUGGAAAACUUGCCUCUCAGGUGGGUUGGUGCGACCCCCUCAGCUUGUCAGAGGCCUUGGAGCCUGGUCUGUGCUCCGUCAUUCCCAUCGGCAUCAAGCUGACGUUUCUUCUCGCUAAGGUGUCUCCUGCUGCAGAAUGCUCAUUUUUUAAAGAGUGAAAAGCAAGUGUUUGUGCCAUUGCACCCCUGCUCCUUCCCCGCAAUCCACACACUCUUUCCUUCUUACCCUCUGAAUUCCAGGGCAUCUAUUUCUUUUUUCGUGUCAGUCUCGCACAAGCGUUUUAGUCACGCAAAUGAGGUCUCUGGCAGGGAAGGCAGUUAAGCUGCAACAGUUUCAGGUCUGCCAGGAAAAAGGCCCCUUGUGAAGGGAAGCCUGUUUCUGUGGACUUGGUGUAAUGAGAAGUUUUUAGAAGACGUUUCUGAGGCAUAAUGCCUUAAUUCAUGCCUGGAAGAGAUUUUCCUUGGAAGCCCUUUCAGUCUUAGAAAGUGGAGUAAGAUUGUGGAAGAAGCGUCUUGUUCCUAAACGUACAGUGUUAAGAAGGAAGAUGCUUCAUCUCUCUCUACCUGAGCAAGUGAUGUGGCAAAGAAGUUCAUUGGCAGCGGGGUGAGCUGCCCCAGUUCCCCAGUGUGAUUUUAUACCAAUGUGAGAGCCCAGUGUAGGGAAUCGGUAUGUGACCAUCCAGAAGUUACCCCAGCUGCAGCCUCUGAAGAGCCACACCUUACCCGCUCUGCUUUCAUGUUUCUUUCAUUCUGAGAAGGCUUCCUCAUUCAUGGGUGAGGUCUUGGCCAUGGAUGUGUUUUCCGAGCAUCCCCCCAAGGCUGUCCAUGGCCAUCUAGCCCUCAUCUUUUCCCUCGUGUCGCCCGGCCCCUGUCCUUUCCCCCAGCACGAGCUUCAGUAUGGCAAAAGCACAAGGCUCUUGCUCCACAAAAGAAUUCCUGGAGUGGAUCUGUACUUUCGAAGUGCUCUGCUGUUGGCAUCCUGGGAUAGGAGCUGGGGGGCGGGGGCUGUCUCAAUGGGACCUUGCUACUUUCCUACAGGGAUAAAUGAUCCCGCUGCUUACACAGUGCUUCUGUAGUGUUCCAUCUCUGCUUAUUGGGAGCUGUUUCUAGACUGCCCCGUGUUCCUUUUUUGGAAAGCCAGAGGCCCGGGAAUCAGCAGAUGGGUGUAAAGCACGCCCAGUGGCUUCCUCGCAGGCCAGCUGCUUCUCUUACAUCCUGGCCUUGGCCAGUUACUUGUAGCCAUUUUCCUUGGGCGAGGUCUCGAUCUCAGCGCGAAGAAAGCUCCAUGUUUUCCAACGUUGCCAUGUUGGAAAGGUCUCUAAUCUCUAGCAUGCAGCAUCACCGGGGCUUGCGCUCUAUAGCCUGCUUCUUUGUUAUACCCCAAAGAGAUUCUGCCCCUCAGAUUUGCUGAGGACCGGGGUUGGCUCAUCUGCUGCCGAUGCAGGAGCGCCACUUGGUUAUAUAACCAGCCUCCUCUUCGGCUUUUCCUUGGAUUCUCUCAUCUCAUUCCUGUUUGCAGCUGUGUGCUGCAACCAGAAUCUUGUCCUGUGAUGUAUGAGCACUGCUGAUUUUCUAUUUAUUGCAGCAGAUGAGAAGGUGGGAAGGGCAGAUGAAGGCGUGGUUGUCUUUUGCUUGUAAUGUGCAUGUGGGAAGGGGCUGGUGUGGGAGGGGAGAGGGCCUGAGGCUGGCCUUUGCUUUGUGGGGAGAGCCAAAAGGUGGGGUGGGGUGGGGCAGUUGCUGGCCACCCAGAAUAGGCCUCUGCGCCCCCUUGAGUGAUGAAUCUGCUGAUGGCAUUGAUGGCUGGUAGAGCUCAUUGGUUUAGUGCGUAUUUCCAUAUAAAGAUACAUGUUCCACCAACGAGUCCUUGUGAGU